AUUUUCGUCAUUUAGCAAUUAGGGUGGGCCGUGUGAGUGUGGGAGGAGGGAGAGAGAGAGAGAGAGAGAGAGAGCCGUGGUGCUAUUUGAAUCACCACUUUUCCAUCAACAAAACCCUCUCUUUUCCAAAAACCCAAACCCCUUCGACUCUCCCCCAGACCUUGGCGGCUGAGACCCCCCGGUUGUCCUCUCCACUUCUCGCUCUCUCUCCCCUAGGGUUUCUCUCUCUCCCCGCGCUUCCUCCUCUUCCGAAACCCCUGUGGUGCGGAUUUAUUAGGUUUUGCAUCGCCUCCCUCCCUCCUCGUGAAGAUCUGCUCAUGGCUACCGUCGCUCCAGCUGCCGAUCAAGCUGCAGAUUUGUUGCAGAAAUUGUCACUAGAUUCUCAAACCAAGAGUCUGGAACUUACAGAGCCUGCUAAGAAGCCUUCUACCAAUCAAUAUGGGACUGUUGAGUCAGGUGAUGCGGCAAAUGGUCAGAUCCAGCCGUAUGAACGAUCUAUGACCCCUUUACUACAGGAUUUCAUGGAUCCAUCCAUGUGCUAUCUCCCUAAUGCUUAUACUUCUACUGCCUAUUAUUAUGGAGGCUAUGAGGGGGCUGCUAAUGAAUGGGACGAUUAUUCCAGAUAUGUAAACCCAGAGGGAGUUGAGAUGCCACCUGGAGUUUAUGGGGAUAACGGGUCGCUUAUGUAUCACCAUGGUUAUGGGUAUGGACCGUAUGCUCCAUACUCUCCCGCAGGUUCCCCUGUUCCAACUCUCGGGCAUGAUGGUCAGUUAUAUGGACCUCAGCACUAUCAGUACCCUACUCCUUAUUUCCAGCCUCUGAAUCCAUCAAGUGGGCCAUACAACCCAACUGGUCACUCAAAAGUGGAGGUUACCACUUCAGCAGCUGCUGAGCAAGUGCCAUUGUCUGUGGAAACAGCUAAUGGGAAUUCUAAUGGUGUUGCAAAUGGUGGGGCUUUGAAGGUGAAUAAUGGCUCAGCAACUGUAAAACCAGCACAUCCAAAUCCAUCAUUUAGUACAAAUGGUUCUCAUGGAAGGGGUGCCCUGCCAGGUCCUAUUCCUGCUUCUGGCUAUCAAGAUCCUAGGUUUGCUUUUGAUGGAUUGCGGUCUCCCAUUCCAUGGCUAGAUGGCCCAAUAUUUUCUGAUGGGCAGCCUAGACCUGUUACCAGCUCGGCAAUUAAUUCUUCAAUCUCAAAUGGCAAUAAUAUUCCGUCAUCAAGGAACCAGAAUCUUCGCCCUCACUCUCAUCUCAUGGGUUUGCACCAUCCAAGACCGAUGCCUGGCAUGGGUGCAACACAUGGAUAUAUAAAUAGGAUGUAUCCAAACAAGAUGUAUGCUCAGUAUGGGAAUGCUGUUAGAUCUGGUUUCGGAUUUGGAUCUAAUGGUUAUGAUUCACGAACAAAUGGCCGUGGCUGGUUGAAUGCAGAUAACAAAUACAAACCUAGGGGGCGUGGUAAUGGUUUCUUUGGUUAUGGUAAUGAGAACAUGGAUGGUUUAAAUGAGCUGAACAGGGGGCCUAGAGCAAAGAGUGCUAAGAAUCAAAAGGGGUUUGCGGCUGUCACAUUAGCAGUCAAGGGGCAGAAUGGUUCAUUGAACGUAACUAAUGAUGAGGAAAAGGAUAAGCUGAGUGCAACUCCGGAUCGUGAACAAUAUAACCAAGCAGAUUUCCCUGAGAAAUAUACUGAUGCUAAGUUCUUCAUUAUUAAAUCAUACAGUGAGGAUGACGUGCAUAAGAGUAUCAAGUAUAAUGUGUGGGCCAGCACACCAAAUGGCAACAAAAAGCUUGAUGCUGCAUACCAUGAAGCUCAGGAGAAGUCUGGAGGCUGCCCUGUGUUCCUUUUCUUCUCGGUCAAUACUAGUGGGCAAUUUGUGGGUGUUGCGGAGAUGGUGGGCCCUGUUGAUUUUCAGAAAAAUUUGGAGUACUGGCAACAGGACAAGUGGAAUGGCUGUUUUCCCGUUAAGUGGCACAUUGUUAAGGAUGUGCCCAAUAGUUUGUUGAAGCACAUAACCCUUGAGAACAAUGAGAACAAACCUGUCACUAACAGUAGGGACACCCAAGAGGUCAAGCUUGAGCAAGGGCUCCAAAUGAUCAAAAUAUUCAAGGAUCACUCUUGCAAAACCUGCAUCCUUGAUGAUUUUGGGUUCUAUGAGGCUCGGCAGAAGACAAUUCAAGAGAAGAAGGCUAAGCAGCAGCAGUUCACCAAACAGGUAUGGGAAGGGAAGCCAGUUGAUGAGAAAAGCAAAGAAGGGAAAACUGGGGAACUGAGAUCGCCCAAGUCAUCAGAGGUUGCUUCAGACUUGAUCAAGGAACCUGCUACAGCUGCGCAGACAAAUGGGGAUCUUAAGCUCUCCGAAAAUGGAUCUGUUGCAAAAACAGGAGAUGCCCCAAAGGGUGCUAAACCUGUGGUGUCGGAGAAGAGAACUGUGACUAAUGGGGUUGUAAAUGGAUGCUAGGUGCUUCUGCGGACGAGGGCCACCCGUGGUUUUCUGAGAGUUUCUUGGUGGGGGUUUGGCUAGUAGGUUCAGUGGUGGUCUAGAUUAGUACAAAAACAAGCAAAUGCUGGCCAACUCUUUUUAUGUCCCGGGCAGCCUUAGGUGGAGGUGUUACUGCAUCAGUGGUGAAUAAAGGAUUAAAGAUGAAAGAGGACAAGUGGUGGAAAGACAAGGCUGCUGCUGUAGCUGCUGGUGGUUCUGAUUCUGGGCAUCACCUCCCAUUGGUUCUGAUGGAUCUGUCUCUGUAAUAGUUAGCUUCUAACAGGUUUUGUUAUUGCCUAGGGGUUUUUUGGGGUAUUAGGGGGGGGUCUCUCUUUCUCGUCAUGUCUCAUUUGUGGUCUUUUAUAUCAUCAUUGUGGUAUCUUUUUUUUUUUUUUUUUUUUCGUUUGUUUUCUUCCUUAUAAAAAAUCUCGUUUGGUAUUUUCCUGUCUUGUGAAUCUAGAUAUACUCUGUUGGGGAGCAGCUUUGCCUCUGUAUUUUCAAAGAGAGCUAGAAGCAAGGUUGGGAAUGUACUUCAUUAUAGUUGGAGAAGCUUUCCAUUUUCUUUAUUUUAUUUUUAUUUAUUUUAUUGUGGUUUUUUAUAAUUUAAAUAUUAUUGUUAUCAUGUUGAACAAA